AUGACAAUGACUGACCUGGAGACCUCCAUGGCGACCAUCAUCGCAGUGUUUCAGAAGUAUUCGGAAAGAGAAGGAGACAAACACAAACUGAAGAAGAGCGAACUGAAGGAUCUGCUCCACGACGAGCUGCCGGACCUGAUGGCGCACGUCAAAGACCAGGCGGCCCUCGACAGCCUGAUGGAGAGCCUGGACACCGACGGCGACGCCGAGUGUGACUUCCAGGAAUUCAUGACAUUCAUCUCCAUGGUUACCAUCUGUUGCCACGACUUCUUCGAGCACGAGGACGAGUGAGGAGGAGGCGAGCGCGGAGACAAAAGGGGGAAGCUACAGUAAAUUAUAAAGAAGGAGAAGAAGAGGAGGAGGAGGAGGAGGAGGAGGCCUAGCAACGCACAACCUAAUGGUGCCUUCAGAGCACAGUGGGAAAACACAACUCCAGCCAGCAGACAAAACGUCGUCAGUGGGGUUUGGCUGCUGGCUGGCAAACGGUCCAGUGUAGUCUUUAAUCUGUAGUCUGAAAUCAGCUGAAAAGCUUAUUUUAUUUUCUAUUUGGCUCAUAAAGUCUUCAAAAUGGCUUUGGGGUUUAGGAGGUACCUUUUAAAGUACUGGUAGAUUGUGGCUGGUACAGUUCAGAUGUGGCUUCUAAGUUAGUCAGCCAACUACUUACAGGCACUCGAGUUUGACAAAUCCUGUUGACUAUCAGUGUGUUAUCUUGUAAGUUGGUUAUAAAAUAAAGAGACAUUUAGAAACUUCAGCGUGGCUACAAAGUCUGUUGCAAAACAUUACAAAAUUAUAAGUCGAAACUCUGGCUUUAACAAUAUUUCACAUGUCAGAAGGAUUUUAAAGAAAUUAGCCAUAUUACUGCACUUUUAACAGCCACCUUAGCAUAAUUUCAAAUCCCAGCAAAAGUCAAGCUGGCUGGAAAAUUGAAAGUCUUAAGUGACCAUAAGUUUGUCAAAACUACACAAAGUUAUGUGGAGGUUGUACGUUUUUAAACAGCUGCUUAAGAGAUUGUGGCUAAUAUAUUUCAGAUGUGGCUAGUAAUUUAGAAAGGAAGAAAUCAAUCUUUCUUUAGAGAUUUAGCACAAGAAAGCGGCUAACAUUUUAUCAACUCCAGUAGCCAUUAUGGGAGGUGUAAGUUAGUCUGCAUUAAAAAUAAAUAAAUCAAUAAUUUAGAAAUAAUAAAAAA